UGAGACUGGUUGUUUACAAAACAAAUAUGGAAGACGCGGAGGCGAAAACAGACAAGAAAAAUUGCAAGUUUUUGUUCAAACGUAGAAAAAUUCGUAACGCAGCGGCGAGGAAACGUAAAACGGCUGAUGACGAAAACGAGAGCAGCGAGGAUGAGACCGCGGUCGUUAAGAAAGAGAAGAAGCAAGAUGAUAAAAAUCCUAUGAGGCAAAGCACAAACACGAGGAGAUUAAAGGGCCAAGAGAUUGACAAUGACAGUAGCGAGGAAGAAAGUAUUACUGUGUCCUAUAAAAGCUCCAGAACUCCCAUGCCAGCUGGGCCAAGCGAUCAGGGGGCAACGGCAAUUUUAGAAACAGAGACGGAGAAGGACAAAGAUGCUCAAGCUUUGUUCGAAAAAGCUCAGAAGAUAAAUGAAGAACUGGAAGGAAAAGAAGAUGAUAAAAUUUAUAGGGGAUUGAACAAUUAUGCUCAAUAUUACAAGAAGAAAGAUACAGCUGCAGGGAAUGCUUCGAGUGGUAUGGUAAGGAAAGGACCGAUCAGAGCCCCGUCCAAUCUUAGAGCAACUGUUAGAUGGGAUUAUCAACCGGAUAUAUGUAAAGACUACAAAGAAACCGGCUUCUGCGGUUUCGGAGACAGCUGUAAGUUUCUUCAUGACCGUUCGGAUUACAAAUUGGGCUGGCAACUGGAAAGAGAAGCAGCUACAGGGGAAUACAAUAACAGCGGCGACGAAGAUGACAAGAAAUACGAAAUCGACAGUGACGAGGAAACAUUACCGUUCAAAUGUUUCAUAUGCCGGAACAGUUUCACCGAUCCCGUGGUUACAAAAUGCAAACAUUAUUUCUGCGAAAAGUGCGCCUUGGAACAUUACAGGAAGAGCACGAGAUGUUACAUAUGUAAUGUGCAAACAAAUGGCAUGUUCAAUCCAGCCAAGGAAUUGAUUGCGCGAACGAAACUGGAAGAAAAAGCGAAAGCUGCUGAAAAUUAUGAUAAUGAUGUUUCCGAUGAUUAAUAAAGUAUAUAAUUUUUAUUCAA